AUGGACACCUCCCACAGCCAGCAUGCCGUCAAGGCCUAUGUCAGCCCAGAUACCAACUCGAAACCCUCUCGGCAUUCUCCACGCGCCGACGAUGACAAUGACCAUGAUCAGUGGAGCGCCGGCGACGCCUCGAGUGGUGACGACAUCUCCCGCAGCCAGACUGGCGCAGCGAAGCGCAAACGGCCCCUCUCCGUGAGCUGCGAGACGUGCAAGCAGCGCAAGGUCAAAUGCGACCGUAGCCAACCGGCAUGCGGUUGGUGUAUGAAGAAUCGCUCCCAGUGCAUCUACCUGCCGCGGAAGAAGCCAGGUCUGCGUGCCGGCUACGGGAGGGAGCUCGAAGCACGCCUGGACAAGCUUGAAGCUGCCAUCGGGCUACAACAAAAGCAGAUAAAUCAACUGUCGUCGAACCGGAACCAUAACCACCCCGCCGUCGACGACAAUCAUACUGGGCCUGAGGCCGAGCAGAUUCUUGGGCGGAGGGAGCGGAAGGGGGAACAAAAUGGCUGGGGAAGAGCAUGCGGAGAGAGCGAGUGGGAUAGUUGGGAUGGAGUAGUAACCUCUCCCGUUCACGACGGCUCCGUCUUCCGCGCUCCCCCAAUACUGCAGACCACGCAUAUCCCCCGACCAGAAACUGCCCUCUUCCUUCAGAAACCAUCCGGUUUCCCUCCACAGCAUACUGUCCACUCCAGCUUGGCCGGCGGGUUACAUGAAGCGACGCACACUCAACCAAUAAAUGGGUACCAUGCUCCCACCGAGGAGCUGCACCACCCAUUGGGACACUUGCAGCGCGAUCCCUACGCUCACGGCAACGGCUUUGCGCCUGCCCAGUUAUCCGUCGCGUUCAAUCAUGCUUCCAUUGGCCAUGCCGACGACGACUUCCCUCCUUACGACCUAUUGUACGGCUUGGUGGACCUCUUCUUCAAGCACAUAUACCCCUGGUGCCCCAUAUUGCAUCGCCAGACAACCUUGAACUCGCUCUUUGGCGAGGCCACAUUGGACGAGGCGGACCGAAUCGUACUGCACGCCAUAGUAGCGACGACGUUGAAGUUCUCGCAGGACCCACGGUUGAACGCGGAGAAGAGGAGCCACUAUCACAAACACUCAAAAGAGCAGGUUCUCCUUUAUGGCAUUGAAAAUAGCUCGGUCAAGUCGUUGCAGGCUCUCGUUAUUCUUGCCCUGGACGUUAUAGGUUCCUCCAAUGGCCCUCCAGGCUGGAAUCUGCUGGCAUUGAUUACCCGAUCUGUCGUCCAGCUGGGACUGUCCAUGGAGACGCAUUCUCCUUUGAUAGCCCCUCAAUAUGCCUCUAGGUUCUACACCCUCCGCGCCAUCGUCCUCCCUGAACCCCAAUCCUGGAUCGAAGAAGAAUCCCGCCGCCGCCUCUUCUGGAUGAUCUACCUUCUCGACCGCUACGCCACCGUCGCAACCGCUUUCUCUUUCGCCCUCGACGACGCGGAAAUCGACCGCCGCCUUCCCUGCCGCGACGACCUCUUUGCCCGCAACGUUCCCGUCGAGACGCGCUGGUUCCGCACGCCCAGCCGCUCAGAUUACAACAUGAAUCGGCCGGAGAACUUGGGCACCUUCUCCUAUUAUAUAGAGAUUUUGGGCAUCUUGAGCAGGGUCCACGCGUUUUUGAAGAGGCCCGUAGAUAUUUCCAAGUUGGCGGAUGUGGAAAGGUGGCAACGGGAGUAUAAGGAGCUGGACCGCGCCAUCGAAGAGUGGAAAUACCAACUUCCCGCCGAGUACGGUAACUCUUUGAGGAUCUUCUCAAUGACUGGGGCCAAGGCGUUGAACUCGGGGUUGGUGAUGCUGCAUGCAGCUUUCCACACAACCGUAAUCCGCCUGCACUCCUCAGCCGCCUACCCGACCCACCGCUCCCCCAUCUUCACCCCCUCUUUCAGCGCAUCCCAACGCUGCCUCUCAGCCGUCGAAUCCCUCGUCUCCCUCUGCACCUGCGUGCGCUCGCCCUCGCCUUCGUCCUCCAACUCCACCACCACCAGCGCCUCCUCCUCGCCUCCCCCUGCAACCUUACUGAGCAAACUCGGCCCGCCGUUCGCCUUCUCCGUCUGGGUCGCCGCGCGCGUCCUGCUCGUGCACGGCAGCACCAUCGCGCACCACGUCGACCCCAGCAUCCACCUCCUCGUCGCCACGCUGCGGGACAUGGGCCGCUGGUGGGACGUCGCGAAUCGGUAUGCGGAGCUGCUGACGCGCGUGCUGCACGAGUAUGAGGAGAGUCGGCGUGAGGUGGGCGGUGGGGCCGGCGGCAGUGGCGGUGGUAAUGGUAGUGGCAGAGCAGGUGGAGGGGAAGGAGUGGGCAGCGAGAGGGAGAGGGAGAGGGAGACGCCGGGGAGUGUGAGGAUCCUGGCGGAUAUGAGGAGGUGUGCUUUUGAUCUGGAGUUUUUGAUUAGUAGGCAGCCGAGGGUUGGUGGAGGUGGAGGAGGAUCAGGUGGAGGGGGAACAGGAGGAGCAGGCACGCGACCUGCGAGUGCGGCGCCUAGUGCGUAUACAACAAGGACACCGGGACCAAGCGAGUUCGAGUACCUGGAUGUAUUCGACUUUUUCAAUAUGCCGCGGCUGCCGGUGUCCAUGGCUGUGGAUGGAGGUACGGGGCAGACGUCGUCGGUGUAUGGUGGUGCUGGUGAGGGAAUGAGGUUGCAUGGGGAUGGGAAUAACGGUGCGGGAGGAGAUGGUACUGGUGGUACUGGUGGUGGUGCUGGGACAGAACUCGGGAAUGCAGGUGGGAAUGAGUUCAAUAUCACGAAUUUCAUGGUUGAUGCGAGUGCGGAUUGGUUCAAGGGGGCGUCGUAG